AUCCAAUCGGCGUUAAGAAUGAUUUGGAGUUAUCGAAAAUGGCGGGACGCAGCCACUUUACUAAAACUCUCGUUGAUUUCGUUCUUGCUCUGUGAUAACAAAUAACGCACUAUGUCGACCGAGGUGAUCGCCCCCACUCCUACUGAUCUUAAUGAAUCUAAAGGUUCUGAAAAGACAGCACAAGCAAAGCUCGUGAUAAGGGAGGGACAUCUACGUGUAGAACAGGUAUCUGCAGCCGAACUGAAGACGAACGAUGUUGAUAGCAUCAUCAAACUCAACACCAGUAACAUCAGCACUGCUUCCGAAACGCAGACAGCCCCAGUACCUCCAGCAGCUCCCCUGGACCUGCUGACCCUGAUGGGAGGGUUUGAGGAAUGUAGCAGCUGGCUCCUCUCCUACACAGCCUCCACCAACCAGUACUGCAGGAACGAGAACGAUGUGUACAACAAGAUCAAACGAGAGUUCUCUGUCUUCACUGAGAAGGAGGACGUUUUGAAGGAGCUCAGGGGUAUUGCUGAUAAGAUGCCACUGCUGGAGUACGACGAGGAAGGCACUGACAAGAUGUACAGAACAGCUCACAGUAUCCGUUACCUCAUGGACAGUUGUGUCACUCUACACUUCUUCAUGAAGGGUCAGAUCUUUUUAGCUUUACGAGGAUCUGGUGGGGUAGAAAGAGUUAUAAAGGAACACCACAAGUCUUGGUACGAGGACGAAUCCUGGGAAGCUCUGAACCUGCCUUACGACUGUUUCCAGCGGAUUCUCAAGGGUAAGGUUCACAAGGCAAUGAACGGGGCUAUUGCUGGGAAAUAUAGCAACUGGCCGGGAGUCAAGGAGUUCGCUCAGAGACACACGUACGGUGCUAACGGACAUCAAAUCAAGUUUACUGAACUCUACAGGAUGAUGAAGAAAGAUUUCGCUGCUCCUCACGACAUAAUAAGACACAUGAGAAUGGAAGAUGUACUGGAGUAUGCUAUCACUACAGUCCCUGGUCUCAAGCUGGUCGGCCAGAAUGAGGAAAGGAAGGUAGUAACGGAUUCAGAUGUGAUAGACCUGGUGAUGAAACUGAAACAUCUCCAGCUAUCAGGAGUUAAGAGCAUCUCGAAAGAGUUCACCUCAUUUCACCCCAGCUGUAGGGACUGGACCUCCUACCAUAUGACCUAUCAGAAGUUAAACCAACACUUCCGGAAUGUCUUGAACCCGGGGAAUCGAAGGAGGUCUAAGUCUGCUCCUCAGGAGGAAACAAAGACGGAGAUAUCAUCUACUGUCCUGGACAGCUCCAACAAGAUCCGGCACUCUUAUCUAGCUAUCGGUAUCAACACUGCUGUGGAGAAGAAGUCACGCUCUAGAUCUGAGGACGCUGAUCGUCAUGUAACUUAUAAUGAGCGAGGGGAACAGUCCAGAUCUAGAACUAAUUCCGAACGUGAAGACAACAGUAACUCGGUAGUGUACCUCAACACAGACAAGAGAUCUGUAGUUCCUGUAGUAGGGUUACCAGGAACUGGUAAAACUGCUACUUUAGCUACCCUGCUGGGUAGAGCCCACAACAAAAACACUCCCUCUACAGUUUUGAUAAUAAGUUCCAGUUGUAGCACCACAAACAAAUUGCUCGAGUUUACCAGCGGAACUGUCCUGCGCGCCUGUCCCGCUAUAAACGGGAAGACUAAAAAACGAACUAUUUCGAAAACCUUCAUCAAGGAGGACGACAAUGCUGAGUUCUCGAGUGAUGAUGAAGAGGCUGUUAAAACUGCAAGCGCGGACAACGAAUCCACGGAGUUCGAAAAGGUGGAAGAACCCCGACACUCACCUAUUGAAGUGAUAGAGAAGCCUGACGCUCCUCUGGAGGAAAUCGAGAAACCCUACUCCCCUACUGAUAGCGUUGAGAAAGUUGAAUCUUUCAACGGAAUAGACGGGGAAGCUCUGGAGGAUGGGGAGAUUGAAGAGGAAGAUAAGAAGGAUGUAUUAGCUGCCAAGUUCUCGAAAGACGGAAAGGUUGAAGGAAAGGUUGAAGAAAAGAAGCCCAGAAAAGAAAAAAGAUCAACGGAGCCUAAGAUAGAAGAUGAGUUUGAAAAAACUGAGCUUCCUUGGAUGGUAUACGACAGUGUAAAGGACGUGUUAAACUCGGAGAGUCAAGGCAUGAUAACAGUUCUACAUUACCCCAACUACGAGGACAUGGACGCUGAGAUCAUCUGUGGGGCUCUCGAACAGUUCACCUCCAUCUCCAGCAAGUAUCCUAAAUAUCUGAUCAUAGAUAAUCAGGACGUCCUCACUCAUCCUUGUAACAGCAAUACUCUAGAUAAGCUGGUAGAAGAUCACCGGGAGAACAAUAUGAGUGUGUGGGUGGCAGGAACAAGUCCUAACUCUCUACCUAUCAACCUACUGGACUACUCCACCCUUGCUAUCCUUCAUCAGUUCACCUCCAAAUACUGGUAUACGGAGCUAGCGGAUCACCUGGCGGUUAACUCAGUGACAUACCAACAAUGUCAGGGACUCUCUCCUGGGAAGUGCAUCAUGGUGGCUCCCGGUGCCAACAUGAACCAUCCUGUACACUCCUCUUCCUACUGUUACCCCUGCACCAUUGUUCCACCCAAACCCUUCAAGUAAAGACACCCUAACCAUACACUAAGAGGUAUCUCGCCCUUCGUAGGGGGCCGACCAGACUUUAAAGGUGCCCAAUGGAUAUAUAAAUGAUUUGCUUUUUAAUUUCAAAUUUUUGUGAUGUAUUUGUCAAUUUGAGUGCUCUUUAAUGAUGGUAUUUUUCCAUAUCGAAAAUUCGCAAAAACUAUUAAAAAUCGUGUUUUCUUUCUCAAUAACACUGUUUAAUGAUUUUAAAAUAUCAGAUUUCCGGAGAAAGCGAUUAAAAUGGAAGGUCAAUGACAUUAAAAUGAAGUCAAUAUUCCAGCUGUUAAAUUUCGAAAUAGU